AUGGCGUCUCUGACCCGCUUACUCGCCUUGUCGGCAUCUGUCGCUACCUCUACGGCCCUUACCAUUGCCGAGAUCAAUGGCGCGAAAUUCAUCUCUCCGUAUAGAGAUCAGACCGUGUCUAAUGUCUCUGGUAUCAUUACCGCAAAGGGUCCCGAUGGUCUCUGGCUGCGCUCUACAACGCCUGACCGCGAUGAGCGCACAUCCGAAUCGAUAUACAUUUUCGGACGCACAUUCGGUAGCAACCUGACUGUCGGAGAUACAGUUGUCGUGGGCGGCAAAGUCACCGAAUUCCGAUCCAACAAGGACUACAUUCCCAUGACACAAUUGUCUACUCCAGUACUGCAGAAGAAACUGAGUUCGGGAGCCAGUGUGCAGCCUUUGGUCAUUGGAAAGGAUACGCUCAGCCCGCCGGAUAAGCAAUACAGCAGCCUGGAUGGUGGUGACGUCUUCGCCGUGCCGAACAAUGUUAGCCAGAUCAGCGUAGCAAAUCCUGAACUCCAACCCAAGAAGUUUGGCCUCGAUUUCUGGGAAAGCUUGAUGGGCGAGUUGGUUACCGUCAAGAAGCCCACUGCUCUGACCAAGCCAAAUCAAUUUGGCGACACAUGGGUUGCAGGCGAUUGGAAGGUUUCUGGUCGCAACAGCCGUGGUGGAUUGACUAUUACGGACAAAGAUGCCAACCCAGAGGCCAUCAUCAUCGGUACGCCUCUGGAUGGAACCAAUAACCCCAAGAACACUAAAUUUGGUGAUUCGGUCGAGGAGAUUACUGGUGUUGUUAGCUAUGCAUUCGGCUUCUACCGUAUUCUACCGAAAACGGCCAUCAAGGUGGUCAGCAGCCAGACGCCUGCUCUUCCAUCUCCAUCCAAACUCAAGUCGAACGGAAAAUGCGACGGCAUUACUUUUGGCGCGUACAACGUGGAGAAUCUCGCGCCAAACUCGACUCACCACCCUGACCUCGCAAAACACAUUGUCAAUUACAUGAACAGCCCCGAUAUCAUCUUUGUCCAGGAGAUCCAGGAUGACAAUGGCCCAACCAAUGACGGUGUUGUGUCCGGAAACCUUACGUUGACGACGCUCAGCGCUGCGAUCGCUGCUGCAGGAGGACCAAGCUAUUCCUUCACUGAGAUAGUGCCGGUAGAUGAUCAGGAUGGUGGUCAGCCAGGAGGUAACAUUCGCACCGCGUACUUGUACAAGGCCAAUAUUCUCCGUCUCUACAAGCCAAAUCCGGGCAGUUCUUUGGACGCGACCGAGGUAGUUGCUGGUCCUACACUCAAAUACAACCCUGGUCGCAUUGAGCCUACGAAUGCUGCGUGGCAAAACAGCCGAAAGCCGUUGGUUGCGCAGUGGGAGGUUAUCGAAAAGGCGAACACGAAGAAGCCGAAUGUAUUCUUCACCGUCAACGUGCACUUUGGAUCAAAAGGAGGAAGCAGCAGCAUUCACGGCGACGCGCGACCCCCAGUAAAUGGCGGCGUUGAUGAUCGCCUUGAGCAAUCACGUCUAACCGCCAACUUUGUCAAGGAUAUCCUUUCGCAAGAUAAGAACGCUCGCAUCGUUACUGCAGGUGACUAUAACGAGUUCGCCUUCGUGCAGCCUCUCAAAGAGUAUGCCAGUAUUUCAGGCCUCAAGGAUCUCGACGCGGUUGUCAGGAUUGACCCAGUCGAACGCUACACCUAUCUGUUUGAUAUGAAUGCUCAGGAGCUGGACCACAUGUUUGUCUCGCCAGCACUAGCCAAGAAGGGUAGAGCUGAAUUCGAACAUCUCCAUGUCAAUACAUGGCCAGAUUUUGAUUCGCAGAUUAGCGACCAUGAUCCUUCGGUAGCAAGGUUGGAUGUGUGCGCUUAG